UUAAAUUAUGGGAAAACUAUCAAAUAAGCCCUCGUACUAUAACGAAAAAGUCGAUUAGACCCUCGUACUUUACAAACACUCAGUUAAGUCCUCAAACUAUUAAAAAACAUUCAAUUUAGCCCUUUUGGUCUGUAAGUAACCAGUUUCUCGGUUAAAUGUAACCGUUUCCCAAUCUUUUGGGCCUUUGAUGAUGAAGCUCGGCUCGGUCGGACUGCACUUCUGCUCUGCUGUAUAUAACCAAAAAUCUCAGAACAUUCCAGACAUAGUAGUCCUUACUAGAACCCUCUCGUCUCGCCGUUUCAAAUGACUUACAAAAGCAGUCUUCCCCCCAUCCAUUCUUCAAUACAUAGACACAGAGAAAUAUGGCCGACGAAGCCAAGAGCAAAGGCAAUGCGGCGUUCUCCGCCGGAAAGUUCGAGGAGGCCGUCAACCACUUCACCGAGGCGAUCAACCUCGCACCCACCAAUCACGUCCUCUUCUCCAACAGAUCCGCUGCCUAUGCCUCCCUGGGCAAUUUCUCCGACGCCCUCUCUGACGCUCAGAAGACUGUCGAGCUCAAGCCAGACUGGUCAAAGGGGUACUCCCGGCUGGGAGCGGCUCACCUUGGCCUUCGUAACUACGAAGGGGCUAUCGCUGCUUAUAGGAAGGGUCUAGAAUUCGAUCCCAAUAACGAGGCUUUGAAAUCUGGCCUCGCCGAUGCGCAGUCUUUUCAGGACCGUUCCAGUAGACCAUCUUCUUCUCCCCUGGGGGAUGCGUUUGCGGGACCAGACAUGUGGGUUAAGUUGACCCGCGACCCUACUACACGGGCUUACUUGCAACAGCCAGAUUUCGUAAAAAUGAUGCAGGAUAUCCAGAAAGACGCUAACAAUCUUAAUAAGUAUUUGAAGGACCAGAGGGUAAUGCAGGCACUUGGCAUUCUGUUAGGUGUGAAUUUGCAAACUAGGACGGCACAGGACUAUCACGAGGUGCCUGAAGCCUCCUCCGAGCCUGUGAAGGUUAGACGUUCUGAAACUGAACCUGAACCAAAGACAGAACCCCAACCUAUGGAGCUCUCUGCCGAGGAGAAAGAGUUAAAGGAUAGGAAGUCUCGUGCAUUAGAAGAGAAAGAGGCUGGUAAUGCAUUCUAUAAGAAGAAGGAUUUUGAGACGGCUAUUCAUCACUAUUCAAAAGCUAUUGAGCUUGACGAUGAAGAUAUUUCGUUCCUUACUAAUAGGGCUGCUGUGUACUUGGAAAUGGGGAAGUAUGAGGAAUGCAUCAAAGAUUGUGAUCAAGCUGUUGAGAGGGGGCGAGAACUUAGAUCCGAUUUCAAGAUGAUAGCAAAGGCUUUGACAAGGAAGGGCACAGCCUUGGUGAAGAUGGCAAAAUGCUCAAAGGACUAUAAACCUGCUAUUGAGACUUUCCAGAAAGCUCUUACAGAACAUCGCAAUCCUGACACACUAAAAAAACUUAAUGAUGCAGAAAAGGCAAAGAAAGAAUUAGAGCAACAAGAGUCCUUUGAUCCAGAGAUAGCUGAUGAAGAGCGUGAGAAAGGUAACCAGUUUUUCAAAGAGCAAAAGUAUCCGGAGGCAAUCAAGCACUAUACAGAAUCUAUAAGAAGGAAUCCCAAAGAUCCAAGAGCAUAUAGCAAUAGGGCUGCUAGCUACACCAAACUUGGGGCAUUGCCUGAGGGGCUCAAAGAUGCUGAGAAAUGCAUUGAGCUUGAUCCUACAUUUGCAAAGGGUUACACUAGAAAGGGUGCAAUUCAGUUCUUCAUGAAAGAAUAUGAAAAAGCUCUGGAGACCUAUCAGCAAGGGUUGAAGCUAGAUCCUAAUAACCAGGAAUUACUAGACGGUGUGAGGAGCUGUGCUGCACAAAUAAACAAAGCAACUCGUGGUGAUCUCAGCCCAGAGGAGCUCAAGGAGAGACAGGCCAAGGCAAUGCAAGACCCAGAAAUCCAGAACAUUUUAAGUGAUCCUGUAAUGAGACAGGUUCUUGUGGACAUGCAAGAGAACCCUAAAGUUGCUCAAGAACACAUGAAGAACCCACUUGUGAUGAACAAGAUCCAAAAGUUGGUCAGUGCAGGAAUUGUUCAAGUCCGAUAGAGAGCAGAACUCAUUUAAUAUAUAGGGUCAAAAGAAAGCAUAGCCAUUGUAUUUUGAAGGGGAUGGUUUGGACUUUGGAUAUUAUAUUAUUAUGUGAAGGCUCCAUUUUCCUUUUGUAUUGAAUGGAUUUGAAGAAUAAUUAUUAGUGCCUUUAGUCCAUAGGGUAAUAAAUACUGAAUCGGCAUCUAUAUAACUUACUUACUUACUGAAACAUUAAUGUUGGUAUUGAAAGCACC